AUGCCCGACUAUAUCGUGGGUGUUGAUGUUGGUGGGACCAACACGGAUGCUGUAUUGUUGGAUCCAUCCAAGUUCCUAAGUAGCAACAUCGAUAGUGUUGUUUCUUGGAAUAAAUCGACUACUACCAGGGAUGUGGCACAUGGGAUAGAAAAUACAAUUGAGCAACUAUUCCAAAAUGCGUCUGAAGUAGACAAAAAAGAUAUCAAACUAGUUACAAUUGGUACUACACAUUUUAUUAAUGCAAUUGUGGAGCAAGAUUCAACCAAACUCGAGAAGGUAGCAGUGUUGAGAAUCUGUGGACCUUAUUCUAGAGAGCUUCCAACUAUGGCCGAUUUUCCACCUCAAUUGAAGAAUGUCCUCUUUGGUUACUUCGGUUACUGUCAGGGAGGUCACAUGAUUGACAAACAACCCGUAGACGAAGUCAAUGAGAAGGAAAUUGUCGAACAUUGCUUGAAAAUCCAGAAAUUAGGCAUCAAGUCCAUUGCUGUUGUUGCAACAUUUUCCCCAGUCAUCAAUGACCAUGAGGUGAAAGUUUUGGAAAUCAUUGAAAGAAACUUCCCCGAUUGGAAGGAUCUUGAUAUCAUCCUUUCCCAUUCUCUUUCGGGCUUGGGGUUUUUAGAGAGAGAAAACUUGACCAUUUUGAAUGCUGCCAUCAAGAAAUUUGCUUUUCAGAUUCUCUCAGCUUUUCAUUUUGCAGUAACGAAAGUGGGACUGGUCAAUUCAUCACUAUUAAUUACUCAAAACGACGGGACGCUACUGACCUUAGAAGAAGCGUUAGCUAUUCCCAUAAAGACUUUUGCAUCAGGUGCAACUAAUUCUAUGAGAGGUGCAUCUUUUCUUUGCAAUGCCAAUGGAGUGGUUUCUGGAGGCGAACCUAUCAUUGUAGUGGACGUCGGUGGAACUACAACGGAUGUUGGAAUGCUACUUGCCGACGGGUUUCCAAAGCAUACGUCAUCUCAUUCCUACAUUGGAGGGGUUCGUACUCAGCUUUCCAUGCCCGAAAUUCAAAGUAUUGGGCUUGGUGGAGGUUCAAUCAUAUCUAUUGACAGAGAGAACCCAAGCAAGAUAAAAUCCAUUGGUCCCGAAUCGGUCGGUAGUCAGAUUACGGAGAAGGCUAUAGUUUUUGGAGGUGACACGUAUACGACAACUGAUUUCACGUUAGCAAAUAUGAAUGAAUCCACAAUAAAGAAAUCUACCAAUCCAAUAGUCGUUCAGGCCGAUAUUUCAAAGGUAAAUGACACUUUAAAAUCGACCCAAAUUUCUUCAUCAUAUGCGUCUUUGUUGAAAAGCCAGUUGGAAAAAGUUAUUGAUAAAAUGAAAGUGUCUCCUGACCCGAUCAAAAUAUUACUGGUAGGAGGGGGUUCAUUUAUUGUUCCCGACGAUAUUCAGCUAGAUGGUUGUUCAGAGAUAAUCAAGCCGCCUUACUAUGGUGUUGCUAACGCAAUUGGUGCUGCUAUAGGAAAAAUCUCAUCCACUGUCGUUGAAAUGGCGUCCAUAAACGGGCUGGACGCCGCAGCAAAGAAAGACAAACUCAACGAGGUAAAACAAAAGGCCAUUGAUGACAUAGUUGAAAAAGGAGCUAUUAGAGAAACUGUUUCUAUUGUCAACGUCGUUAAUGAAGCCAUUCCAUAUGUGAGCAACUUAUUUCAUAUUGAGGUCAAGGUUAUUGGAGAUGUUGACUAUUCUGCCACUACUUCGCCCUCCGGGUCAAUACCAAACAAUCUUUUAGAUACUGACUUAGUGAUUGAACAGAGGGAUAGAUCAUUCCUUAAAGAGUCGAAAUUGAAUACGUCCGAUGAUCUCCCGAUGGAUAUAGAUAUCCGCACUUAUAGACCAAACGUAAGAGACAGGGAAUGGCUAGUGAGCGAGAUGGACCUGGAGUUUAUUCGGAUUGGAACCUAUAUUCUUGGAUGUGGAGGAGGAGGGGAUCCUUAUACCAAAGCCUUACAGGCUAAAGAAAUGGUUAAAAGCGGUCAUGUGAUGAAGAUAAUUGAUAUCAAGGAUGUCCCUAGGUUUGUGGAUAGACUGGAGGACAUAAAAACAGUUCCUGUAGCUGCCUGUGGAUCGCCUACAGUCACCACAGAACAACUACAGGGAUAUGAAGUACUAGAUGCGUUUAAAACAUUACAGAAGCAUUCAAAUAUGAAACCCAGUACAAUUUUAUCUUUAGAAAUAGGAGGGGCCAACGGUCUUCAGGGGUUACUUCUAGGAGGCCUUCCAGAAUACAAUUUGAGGGUCAUUGAUGCUGAUCUUAUGGGAAGAGCAUAUCCACUUAUUUGGCAAGUAUCUCCAGUGGCCUUGAAACAGUUCAAGAGUGAGGGGUCCGAGAAUAAUCCCUUCUUUAGCCCUUCCUGUAUCAGUGAUGGAAAUGGUAACAAUGUCUACUUAUCGAAAGUCAGGUCAGACCAUCACGCUGAGAAUAUUAUAAGAAGUGCAUUAAGUGAAAUGGGAAGCUAUGUUGGUUUGGCAUGUAGUCCCAUGAACUACCAUGAUCUACAACAUGUCACUAUUCCCAAUUCCCUAUCUUUAGCAUGGAGGAUCGGUAGAGGUGUGUGUUUAAGUAAGCAAGAUCACAACCCUUCACAAUUGCCCAAAUACAUAUGCGACUCCAUUGGAGAUAACUCCGGCAAGUUGUUGUGCUACGGGAAGAUUGUUGGUAUAGAGAAGAAACUUCAUAAAGGAUUUGUUUUUGGAGAGUUGAUAAUUCAAUCUGAAGAACCACACGACAUAGGAAGAAGAAUUUUGAUUCCGUUCCAGAAUGAGAAUCUUUAUAUCAAGUACGAGGACACUCCAGAAAAUGAGGUCAUUGCAUCUGUUCCUGACCUUAUCUCUGUCAUAGAUGCUGAAUCGGGUGAAGCUAUUGGUACUCCUGAUUACAGAUAUGGAUUACACUGUUUUGUUCUCUUACUUAGGCCUAGUACUUCUUGGACAAAAUGUAAAGAGGCACUAGAAGUAGGAGGGCCAAAAGCAUUUGGUCUUGACAUUGAGUACGUUCCUACUCUAGAAGGCCAGUCAUUAGACCCAACGAGUGUCAUUGAUGAGUAUUCUAAUUGA